AUGACUGACAUGCAAGUUGAUGUACCACCCAUCGGUUCAAUCGAUGAAGGGUUAUACUCUAGACAAUUAUACGUGUUGGGAAAAGAAGCAAUGAUGAAAAUGCAAAACGCCAAUGUUUUAAUCAUUGGAUUAAAAGGGUUAGGAAUUGAAAUUGCUAAGAAUAUUGCCUUAGCUGGUGUUAAAUCUUUAAGUUUAUAUGAUCCUACCACUAUUGAAAUACAACAUUUAUCUUCACAAUUCUUUUUAACCGAACAAGAUAUUGGUAAGAAAAUUGAUGAAGUUUCUUCUACUAAAUUAAGUGAAUUAAAUCAAUAUGUUCCAAUUUCAAUCUUAUCAGAUUUAAGUGAAUCUAAUUUGUCUCAAUUCAAAUGUAUUGUUGUUACUGAUUUAUUAAGUUUAGAAGAUCAAAUAAAAUUGAAUGAAUUCACUCAUAAAAAUGACAUUGGUUUCAUUCAAGCAAGUAUUAGAGGUUUAUUUGGUCAAUUAUUUGUAGAUUUAGGUGAUAAUUUCACUGUUAUUGAUCAAACAGGUGAAGAACCAUUGAAUGGUAUAGUUUCUGAUAUUGAUAAAGAUGGUACUGUUACCAUGUUGGAUGAUUCGAGACACGGAUUAGAAGAUGGUAAUUAUGUUAAAUUUAAAGAAGUCGAAGGUAUGCCAAAAUUAAAUGAUAGUGAAAAACCGUUCAAAAUUGAAGUUUUAGGUCCUUAUGCUUUCAAAAUUGUUGAUUUUGAUCCUUCAGUUUAUGGAACUUAUGUUAAAGGAGGUCUUUAUCAACAAGUUAAAAUGCCUGUAAACUUGGAAUUCCAAUCUUUAGCUCAACAAUUGAAAAAUCCUGAAUUCGUUAUCAGUGACUUCGCCAAAUUCGAUAGAGUCAACACCUUACAUUAUGGUUUCCAAGCAUUGGCUGGAUUCCAAGUUAAGAACAAUGGAAAAUUACCAAAACCUUAUAAUAAAGAAAACUUCAAUGAAUUAUUAGAAUAUGCCAAACAAAUCAAAACUGCUCAACCAAUUGUUGAAGAAGAUCAUGAUUUGGAUGAAAAAUUACUUGAAAGUUUAUGUUAUCAAUCAACUGGAGAUGUUCCAGGUACUAAUGCUUUCUUUGGAGGAUUAAUUGCUCAAGAAGUCUUAAAAUGCUGUUCUUCUAAAUUCGGUCCAGUUAAACAAUUCUUUUAUUUUGAUUCCUUGGAAAGUUUACCAGAUAUCAAACAAUUCCCAAGAACUGAAGAAACUACUAAACCAUUAGGUACUAGAUAUGAUUUACAAAUAGCUGUUUUUGGUAAAGAAUUUAUUGAAAAAGUUCAAAAUUUGAAAAUUUUCUUAGUCGGUACUGGCGCCAUUGGUUGUGAAAUGUUAAAGAAUUGGGCUAUGAUGGGUUUAGGUUCAGGUCCUGAAGGUAAAAUUUUCAUCACUGAUAAUGAUUCUAUUGAAAAAUCAAAUUUAAAUCGUCAAUUCUUAUUCAGACCUAAGGAUGUUGGUAAAAAUAAAUCCGAAGUUGCUAAAUUAUCUGUUGAAGUAAUGAACCCUAACUUAAAGGGUAAAAUAACUGCUAUGAUUGAUAAAGUUGGUAAUGAUACCGAAGAUAUUUUCAAUGAUAAAUUCUGGAAUAAUUUAGAUUUAGUCACCAAUGCUUUAGAUAACGUUGAUGCUAGAACUUAUAUUGAUCGUAGAUGUGUUUUCUACAAAAAACCAUUAUUAGAAUCAGGUACUUUAGGUACUAAAGGUAACACUCAAGUUAUUAUUCCAAACUUAACUGAAUCUUAUUCAUCAUCUCAAGAUCCUCCAGAAAAAUCAAUUCCUUUAUGUACUUUAAGAUCUUUCCCUAACAAGAUUGAUCAUACAAUUGCUUGGGCAAAAUCUUUAUUCCAAGGAUAUUUUGCUGAAAAUCCUGAAAGUGUCAACUUAUAUUUGAGUCAACCUAAUUAUGUUGAACAAACUUUGAAACAAAAUCCUGACAUCAAAGGAACUUUAGAAAAUAUUUCUAAUUCUCUUAAUAAGAGACCUUAUACUUUUGAAGAUUGUGUUAAAUGGGCUAGAGAACAAUUUGAAAUCAAAUAUAAUCAUGAAAUCAAACAAUUAUUAUAUAACUUCCCCAAAGAUGCUAAAACUUCAAAUGGUGGUAAUUUCUGGUCCGGUCCAAAAAGAGCUCCUGAACCUUUAGUUUUCGAUAUUAACAAUAAAAAUCAUUAUGAUUUUGUUGUUAGUGGUGCCAACUUACUUGCAUUCAUCUAUGGAUUGAAACAAAGUAAUGAAGCCAAUAUUGAAUACUACGAAAAGGUUUUAGGUGAAAUCAAAUUUGAUGAUUAUGUUCCAAAAUCUAAUGUUGCUAUUGCAGCUAAUGAUGAUGAAGCUAAAGAACAAAUGAAUGCUUUAAAUAACACUAUUGAUGAUGAUGAACUUAAAAAGGUUGCAGGAUCUUUACCUGAACCAAGCACUUUAGCAGGUUACAGAUUAACCCCUGUAGAAUUCGAAAAGGAUGACGAUACUAAUCAUCAUAUCGAAUUUAUCACUGCUGCUUCAAACUGUAGAGCUGAGAAUUAUGGUAUUGAAACUGCUGAUUAUUCCAAAACCAAAUUUAUUGCUGGUAAGAUUAUCCCUGCUAUUGCUACUACUACUGCUUUAGUCACAGGUUUAGUUUGUUUGGAAUUAUACAAAGUUUUGGAUUCAACCAAAAUAAUUGAAGAUUUCAAGAAUGGUUUCAUCAAUUUGGCUUUACCAUUCAUUGGUUUCAGUGAACCAAUCCAAUCACAAAAGAAAAAAUAUAAUGAUAAAGAAUUUGAUCAAAUUUGGGAUAGAUUUGAUAUCAAUGGUGAUAUUACCUUACAAGAAUUAAUCGACCAUUUGAAGAAUAAUGAAGGAUUGGAAAUUACCAUGUUAUCAUAUGGAGUUUCUUUAUUAUAUGCCUCAUUCUAUCCAGCUAAGAAAUUGAAUGAAAGAUUACCUUUACCAUUAACCAAAGUCAUUAAAGAAGUUACUAAGAAAGAUAUUCCUGAACAUGUUAACAAUUUGAUUUUCGAAAUUGUUUGUGAUGAUGAAAGUGGUGAAGAUGCUGAAGUUCCAUACAUUUGUGUUAAAUUGACUUAG